AUGCCUUCUUCUACAAUCUCAGGCGUUGUCUGUGCCCUGGCCCUCUCAUCUGCUGUUACUGCAGUCAAGCUCGGUGACUCGGUCAUGGGCUCGGCUUCAGAGAAACAAUUCUCGCAAGAGUUCCCGGAGAAUUACAACAUUCUGAAGUUCCACGGUGGCAAUGGCCCUUACUCAGAGAGACGCUCUUACGGUAUUUCUCGUGACCCGCCAGAGAGCUGUGUAGUCGACCAAGUGAUCAUGAUCAAGCGACACGGUGAACGGUAUCCUUCACCAUCGAUGGGUGUAGAUAUUGAAGCCUCUCUAGCCAAGGUCUACGGUGCUGGUAUCACAGAAUGGAAGGAUGACCUGGCCUUCCUCGAUGAUUGGGAGUACUUUGUCCCCAAUAAGUGCUGGUACAACGCCGAGACCUACAGCGGCCCGUACGCAGGGUUGUCAGACGCGUACCAGCAUGGUACAGAGUAUCGAGAUCGCUAUGGUGACCUUUGGAAUGACGAGUCGGUCGUUCCUAUUUUCAGCAGUGGCUACAGUCGUGUAAUCAACACUGCUCGCAAAUUUGGUGAGGGCUUCUUCGGGUACAACUACACGACCAAUGCUGCUCUCAACAUUAUUUCCGAGUCUGCUGUUAUGGGUGCAAACAGUCUCACUCCUACUUGUGACACUGACAAUGAUACCUCGACCUGUGACAAGGUGCCGUCUAUUAUGCCCCAAUUCAAGCUUGCCGCCGCUCGUCUGAAUUCCCAAAACUCUGGUCUCAAUCUCACCGAGUCUGAUAUUUAUAACUUGAUGGCUAUGGCUUCCUUCGAGCUCAAUGCACGUGCAUUUUCUCAGUGGGUCAAUGUCUUUACUCAGGAUGAAUGGGUCACGUUUGGCUACUUGAAUGACCUAUACUACUACUACUGUGCCGGACCCGGUGACAAGAACAUGGCUGCCGUUGGAGCUGUCUACGUCAACGCAAGUCUCAGUCUCCUCAACGAAGGUCCGGAGAAAGCAGGUCCUAUAUUCUUCAACUUCGCCCACGACACCGAUAUCACCCCAAUCGUCGCUGCCUUGGGAAUCCUCCUCCCCACUGAGGAUCUGCCUCUGGAUCGCAUUCCCUUUGGAAACCCUUACGUCGCCACCGACAUCGUUCCUAUGGGCGGCCACCUCACAAUCGAGCGUCUCAGCUGCAACGCCACCGCUAUGUCCAGCAAGGGAAUCUACGUUCGCCUGGUCCUCAAUGAAGCUGUUGUGCCAUUCAACAAAUGCCAGUCUGGCCCUGGAUACUCUUGUCCUCUGGCUGACUACACCUCCAUUCUGAAGAAGAGCCUGCCUAACUACUUAACGUCUUGCAAGGUUCCCAAGUCUUACCCGCAGUUCCUUGACUUCUGGUGGAACUACAACACCACCACCCGUCUUAACUACCAGCAUGGGCCGAUCAGCUGUCAGGAGGCUGAGACUUUGCACUAG